GAGAACGUACGCUUUUUUGGACGCGCGUUUACAUUACGCUCCAUGAGAGAGAAUGGUCGCCUUAUCGUGUACAAAAUGAAAGGAGUGAUAACACUAACGUUACAAAUUUUCCAAAUGUGAACGCGCAAAACAAUUCUAGGAUAUCCAUUUUGCGUAGUCCCACACAUACACUCGCACGAAAAUGGAGGCUGACUAGGAUAAAUUCGUAAAGACAGCUUUUUAAAAGUAGUUUUGACACAUUUGUGAUGGCCUCGACCAGCCAACAGAAUGAAGAAGAACCAGGGAGUUCAUCUGUCGUUAAUCCAGUCGACGAAGUCCGGGCGAUGACAUGGGGAAGUGAAUUGAAAGAAGACGUUUUCUUGCGAUGGUCGCAAGGCUUUGUAUUCAGUGAUGAUGAACCUAUGGCGCUGCUCCAGUAUGAGGGAGGUCCUUGCGCAAUCAUCGCUCCUCUUCAAGCAUUCCUCGUCAAGAACCUUCUCUUCAGCCAAGAGAGCCAAUGUGAAGAGGGCACAGAAAGCUGGAGACAGACUAACGGAGACCAACGCAAGCACCUGCUCCUGUGCGCCAUGCAGGACGUCAUCUCUUCAGUGUCCAGUGGAAGCUAUUUCCUGGUCUUGCAAGAGGACAAACAGGAACUGACCAUUGAGAAUGUAGCAGGGUCAUCAGACGGGGAACCCACGCACGUUACCUUCCACAGAAAUCUCAGAAUACAAACAUAUAAAUCUGAGGAUGAGCUCAGAGGUGCUCUGAUGACGACGUACCACAUGUUUGUUGGUCAUGGAGGAGUCCUUCUCUUCCUAUACUCAGUAUUACUAACAAAGGGUCUAGCUAUUAUACAGGAAGAGAUGGAGGAUCCUAGUGAGCCCCUAAUAGAUGGCAUUUAUGGGCAUGGAAACCAAUGCUUGAUAAACCUGAUGGUGACUGGUCGGGCUGUUUCAAAUGUCUUUGAUCACGAGAAAGAUGUAGCUGGUCUACAAAUGAAAGGUAUCUCUAAACAGUCAUUGAUUGGGUUCCUGACAAUCCUAGAGAAUCUCAAGUAUUGUGAAGUUGGAACGUUGUUAAAGAACCCUAACUACCCUAUCUGGUUGCUUGCCAGUGAAACUCACCUCACAGUAUUCUUCUCCAGAGAGUUAGCGCUGGUCGCUACAGAAACCAAAUGGGAGGAAGCGAGAAGAGUGUUCAGUGAGUACGAUACAGAAGGUAGCGGCUUCAUCCAGUGUGCCAUGCUGCAAAAUGUCCUGGAGGCACUUGAACUAGUGGCUGUGCCUGAAUAUGUUGAGUUCAUGACACAGCGUCUAGACCCUGAGAAGUGUGGGAUUGUCCUUCAGAACAUGUUCAUGGCAGAGUUCUUCCCUGAUGAGCCUGACAGGUUAUUGCCGGAGUACUUCACAGUGUAUCAUUACAAUGGCAUAAGCAGAUCCAAUCCCAAUUCAAAGGUAAUGUUCCUUAAAGGAAGAGGCUCCGCCCCCAACCCUGGUGAGCUGGAGGUCCUCACAGAAGCCACACCCCUUAAAUCUUGCCUGCGGACAAAAUGGCCGACGUUCGAGGCCGACUGGGAGAACAAUGUGAAACCCUCCAUAAAUUGAUGCUACGCAUAGUUUUGCAAACUCUUGUACAUAAUGCAUGUACAUAUGGACACCAUUUUUUGACAUGUACAGUCUUUUACAAGGCAUGUAGAUACUACAUGUACAUGUAUAAGAAAAGCCACCAACUACACAGUCUCAUAAGAUAUCGAUUGUCUGUGGCAAUCUUGGAGAGUGAAGGAAGUUGGAUUAUCCAGAAUGUGAUGGAUAUGCUUGAACAAUUUGUUUCCUGUGAAUUUACAAGGCUAUGUAAUUUCAGAUCAAGGAUGUCCAUUAUCCAUUAACCCUCUUGAGAUAUGUCUUUGUGACUCAAAGCCAGGUGGAACUGUUUGAACUGCAAUGGAUACCCCAAUUCCUACUGUUCUGUUCGUCAGAAGCUAUGAUUUGUUAGUAAAGAGUCAAAGCCACUAAGUUUUGUACUUCUUAUAGAUUUAAUCCAGGGGCUGUUUGGUUCAGGUAGGCAGUUGGUUAAGAAUCAUACCCCCUUGAGAUAUGCAUUUGUGAUUCAAAGCAGAUUGGAUCGUCCAAACUGCAUUGGAUACCCCUAUUUCUACUGUUCUGUCCGUCGGAAGCUAUUCGGUUUUCUAAUGAAUUAAAGACUACCAAAUUCUAUACUUGACAUAUAUUUCAUCCAGAGGGCUGUUUAGUUCACAUAGGCAAUGGGGUAAUAGUUCUACUCCCACGUGAUAUGUGUCGAUCAACCUUUGAAAAUAUAAGAAUAUUUAGAUGAAAAAGAUAUAAAAAAUAUAAAAGACAAGGUGCUUCUACUUGUAUGAUUAGUGUGUGCUUGUACUAGUACAGCAUUCCACAAUAAGAAGUUUGUAUUCGUCAGUUGAUAAUCAAUAAUCAAUUGCUCAAGUUGUUGAGAGAGCAUUUAUUGUCAAUUUACUUGUUUUCUAUGCACACACUUCAUUUAUUUAUUAUCUCUUGUCGUAUGUAAAUAUUAUUAUUUCUCGUUAUCUCUGUUACUUUCUCCUGCAAACUUGUAGAUACAAAAUGUUUUCACGACUUUUAUAUUUAUUACUUUAAUACAGGUAGUGUGAUUUGAUUCUAGAUGAAGAGCUUGGUCAUAAUCAGCACUCUUCAUCAUUACAGGAAUAAAGUUGUAACAGCCUUUAUAUAUAUUUGAGAGCAAGAAGGACAUUAACUCUUAUACUAUAAAACAGAGUAAACGCCCUUUUGGCCCAAACAAACGAUUUGAUGAUUCUUAUAAAAGAUGAGAAGAGUGUAAAAUUCAACCUGAUAUGAAGUCAUGGGCGCUUAAAAGUGAGAGAAACGAUGCUCUAGAAAAUAACAGAUCAGUGGAAGAUUGAGAUAAAUCCAAUAUGGCAUGGAAAGAUAUGCAAUGUUGAAGUUGUAAUCAGUAAAACAAGUUAGCAAUCAAAUUGGCAACUCUGUGAUUUACCAUGUGAGCACCUCUCUGGAAUGGUUCGUACGUAAUAAAACAAAACAUAAUAGCUCAUCUUUUUCAUAGAAGGGAAAUGUAAAAUUGUGUCCAAAUAUAUAUCUAGGGUAUAAUUUGGAUUAAAUGUUUUUGGAGAAUUUUUUGAGUACAGACAAAAUGAAGGAAGUGCUUGCAAGGCUAAUUGCAAUGUAGCCAGUUUGUGUUUGAUUAAUCAAAACUUCAAACUUAUCCUUUCAGACUUUCCUCAAACUCUCACUGAUUCACAUCUCUCCUUUUCAUGCUUCCCAUUUAAUAAUCCUAAUCAACUGUCAGUUAAUCAUGAUACACAUUCUUACUACAUGUAGAAGCACCCAAGACUGUCAUCAUAAUGAACUGUUUAUUUUCUUGCCACUUUGUGUUAUUUUGUCAUUUUGCAUUUAUGUUCCAUCAGAUGAGAUCAACAUCUCAAUUCAAUUUUGUUGGAAUAAUCAAGUCCCAUGUCUGCACAUCAGUAUAACAGAAAUCAGCCUUUCUCAUCAGGGAUAAUGAGAUUGAUCACUUAAGAAGUGAUUUGCAACUGGUCUCCAAAAAUCUAACUGAUUGGUUGAAACCUGUUUGGAGAUACUAGAUGUAAAUAAAGAAACAACUCCUCACAAAAAAACAAUUUGAUCAUUGAUUUGAAUACUCAAAAGUUAAAACUUGGUACCAGAUUAACACAGUGUAAAUCUGAUCGAUGUCAGCUGAUUUAUGCAUGAAGUGUCAAACUGUUUAUUCUAAACAAAAUACCAUAAUUCUCUAACCGAAUGAAGAGAAACAAUAAAUCAAGUAACGAAAUGAAUGAUGAGAAAUUGAUUUAUCAGUUAUUUAUCAGCUAAUGUGCUUUCUGUUAAGAAAGAACAAAUCAUAAAUGACUCAAAAGCCAAGACUGGUAUUAGACUGUGAUUAAUAGUGUAAAGUUUAAGAAUGUCAAAUUGGGAGAAUUUCCUUUGAAUAAGGGAAAUUACAAUCAGUAACUUAGCUAAACCUAGCUUUUUGAUACAAAUGGUAUUUAAGAAAUUAAGAAGCACAUUUUAUAUCAUUAUCCAUGUAAUAUUUUGUACUCCUCUGAUUCAGUAAUCCUUGUCAAUUGUUUUCCCGCUGAUUUUCAAGUAAACUGAAUUUGGCAAGUAAAUGUUGUGCAAGGAACAUUAUAAAUAACUUUGAAUUAUGCAUUUCAAAAAAAUAUUCUAAAAGGUGAUGGAAAGUAAGAUUAUGGUCCGUGAUAGUGGUAUAGAGGUCCUUUGAUAUUGCUCCUUGAGUUGUGAUGAUGUCUAUAAUUUGUUUAUGGUCAUUCAUACAAUUAUGCUAUGACAAAAAUAAGAAAAUGCAGAAUUAUCUUGAAACUUGAAACUUUCAGACAUCCCUUUUCUCACAUUCUUACCGGUAGUCAAAUUGAUGACAAUCCUAUAACUUUCACGAUCAUGUUAAAAUGUACUUUAGUUCCUUAAAUAUCCCGAAAGGCGCACAGAGUUAUAUUGUAUUUUAUCCCUUUGGAGACAGAGGGCAUGAACUUGUAUCAAUUGACAAAAAGUUAAUACCCUUUUGGAGGGUGUUUCAGAAAACUUGUCAUCAUUGACAAAUGAAAGUUUUUGUUGUAAACUACUGAAAUCCUUGCUUCUGAUUGGUUAUCAGCAGAUUUUUCACUGAUAUUUUUCAUUUGUCAUUGAAAAAAGACUUUUUGAAACAGGUCCCUCGUCCAAACAAUUAUUGUGAUCCUUACAUGGAGUACGCUAGGCCUUUAUAAGAAAAUACAAUGCCACUUGCACAGGCAACGAGUGCGUUUUUAUGAGAGAUGGUAAGUUACCAUUAUAACUUACUUGGGAGAGGUGACCACAUGUAAUAAAAUUGAGGAAAAGUGUUUCUCAUCCGAGUCAAAGGUCAUUAAUUGGUAUCAUAAUUGUAUUCAUUGAAUCAUUAUACAUGAUGUAGCUCCUUUUGGAGUUGUAUAUUUUCUGUCAUUAAAAUAUGUGUAUAGUUAUACAAAUAUGUUAAAUACAAGAAUGCAAGUGUGGAAAUGAAA